AACAAGUCCCAUAUGUGGAGGGUCUAACUCACUAACUUGCACAUGAAGUGCAGGGGAGAAAGUAGACCGAUGUUGGUACUGGCAUCGAGCACUAACGUUGCACCUCCUAGCUCGCCAAAUGCAUCAGUGGUAAACCAUGGUGAUAGUUGUAGGCUAAAGGUGACCGGCAGCAACAAUUCCCGCAGGGGCAAGGAUACGACCCCGACACCCAUAAAUCCCCUGCUCCUAGCAUCGGCAUGCCUUGGCUCCUCGUCAGCACUGCAUUUUCUUUUCGAAAGGGAAGACAAACAUGAGCCACCAAUGUUGAUGCCUACGCAAGUAUUUCUUGACUUGCUAGCGGCAUACACCCUUGAUAGCAGCACCAGAAGAAGUUUGGCCGAUGUGGAAGCUGGUGUUGAUCAGCAUGCUUUGCCAUCAACGCCUUCUCAUGGCUUAGAAGAUGGCAUUUGUCAGCCUGCUUUGCCAACCAUAGUUUCUCUCAACAUAGAAGAUGGUGUUGAUCAGCUUGCAUUACCUGUAGUAGCUUCUAAUGGUGUAGAAGAUGUUGCAGAUCAGCCUGCUUUGCAUGAAGCAGCAUUUGAAAACAUAAAAGUACAAGAUGGUGUUGAUCAACAUGUUUCGCUAGCAGCAGCUUCGCUUCUCAAGGGUGUCACUGCUAGGGGGGACACUGCACUACAUGCGGUUGUAAGCCAUGGACACAACCCAGAAUUCUUGAAGUGUGUUAGCAUCAUUGAUGAGAGGGACCAAGACCUCCUGUUUGCGGUUAAUAAUAAGGGUGACACACCCUUGCAUUGUGCUACCAGAUCUGGCAGGCCCCAUAUGGUUUCUCAUCUCAUUGAACUAGCUGAAAAUCGCAAUAGCCUGCAAAAACUCUUGAGAAUAGAGAACAUGCUUGUCGAGACAGCCUUGCAUGAUGCUGUCCGCGUUGGAAAUGAACAUAUUGUGAAGAUUCUAUUGAAGGUUGAUCCUAGCUUGGCUAAUUAUCCUAAUGAAGGCACUUCACCAUUGUACCUAGCAAUUUUACUGGAAAGGAAUGAAAUUGCAAGGACACUAUAUAAUAUGAGUGAUGGAAAUCUGUCGUAUCGAGGAUCGCAUGGGAAUAAUGCGCUACAUGCUGCGGUCCUUCAAGGCAUGGUGAUGACGAAACAUGUGCUAACAUGGAAUAAUAGCCUUACCACUUAUGGGGACAGAGAUGGGAGUACACCACUUCACCUUGCUUCAUCCCUCCGGUGUUCCAAUGGAUUCAAGCAAAUAUUAGAAGCUAACCCGGCAUCAGUGUUUCAGGAAGACAACAACGGAUUAUUCCCCAUACAUGUCGCUGCGUCAGUGGGAGCGAAAGAUACCAUAAGCAUAAUUCUUGACAAGUUUCCUGGUACUGCCGGACUGUGCACUGCUGAAGGACGGACGUUCCUUCAUGUUGCCGUUAUGGAAAGAAAUCUGACCAUUGUCUCCUUUGUUUGCCGAACUCCAACUUUAGCUUGGAUUUUGAAUAUGCAAGACAAUGAUGGGAACACUGCAUUGCAUUUAGCUGUCCAGGCUGGGAAGCUUCGAAUGUUCUGUUCUCUCUACGGGAAUAAGGAGGUGCAAUUAAUAUUAAGAAAUAACAAUGGACAAACUGCCCUUGAUCUAUCCAGAAGCUUGCUUCCUACGGGGAUGCACUACAUGCAGAACACUGACCAGAGGAUUCACAUGGCACUCGCAUCGGUUGAAGGUAAACAUAGUUUUCUUUGUCGGGAUCAGAUUUAUGGAAAAUAUACUCAGCCAAAAAAUUCAAAGGAUAUGAUCAGUGAAGAAGAGAAGGUGAAAGAUGCAAGCCAAAUGCUUGGCAUUGGUUCAGUUUUAAUAGCAACCGUGGCCUUCGGUGUAACUUUUGCUCUCCCUGGAGGCUACAGAGCAGAUGACCAUAUAAAUGGAGGCACACCAACACUCGUUGGGAGGUAUACGUUUGACGCAUUCAUGAUGGCAAACGCGUUAGCCUUUAUUUGCUCCUCAAUAGCUACCAUUGGUCUCAUGUUCUCUGGAUCUUCUAUGGUUAAGUUGGUGAGCCGCCAAAUCAACUUACGCACAUCUGUGUUCUUCGUGUCAAGCUCGCUCACAAGCUUGGCUGCUGCUUUUGCACUGGGUGUGUACAUGGUGCUAGCUCCGGUUGCUCAUGAUACUGCCAUUGCGAUCUGUGCAUUUACUCCUCUUGCAGUGUUAUACAGAAAUUCUGAAUUCUUAGUAAAGUUGGGUAUUCUUGCACGACCAUUGCGCCUUAGGGUGGGUCUAACUCGUGCAAUAAAGAAAAUAUCAAGUAUUGUCUUUAUCACAAUGUUGAAAGAACUUUGGCCUUUCAUACUUAUCUUUGGUUGGGCCGCAAUUGCAAGAAAGCUCCGGAGCCACUGAUAAUAUGAAAGCGUCAAUUAUGUGGGCAUGAUACCUAUACCACAAUUGAGUGUAAAUGAUACGUACUAUGUAAACCAGAAGAUGAUAGUAGUGCGGUGUCCUCUUGUAUGAUGUUUUUUCAGUUAUUGUAUGGUGCUAAUGAGC